AUGUUUUUCCAGACAACAGUUCCGUGUCCAACAAUUGAAUAUUUCCAACAUCCAAUAUUUGUACUAUCCCUAGACAACACUUUGAAUAGUAUAGGAAUCGGAAUCAUCAUAAUUGCCGCUCUUUCUCAAUCCCUAUUCUUCUCAAUUCACUCAAUCCAUCAUCUCAAAAAUAUCUCAAACUUUAUCUCGAAAAACACGCAAAAAUUGCAAAAAUCCGUGUUCACGGCGAUUUCGCUGCAAGUUUUGACGACAACCGCAGUUGCUAUAAUUCCAGCUUCAUAUUUUGUGGUUUCAAUUCAAGCUGAUUAUUAUAAUCAGGCUAUAAAUAAUUUCUGUAUUAUUCUAUUUUCGAUUCAUGGAUUUUUGGCGACGAUUUCGAUGUUGAUAUUUCACAAAUAUUAUCGGACUUUUAUUUUGUCUUGUUUUUAUAACAAGAAAAAUGAUGUGCCAAAUCCAUCGUUCACUAUAGUUUUGAGACAUUCACAAGUAUCCUGUAAAUGA